UGAGUGGCUGGAAUAUUUUCCCGCGAAACUUCUGUUCGUUUCCCCUCACUUCCCCCGAGCCUCUAACUGAAGCUGGUUUUCACUAAAACUACAGGGAGAGUCCAGGUUUCCUCCAGAACCGAGCAGAAGGACGGUUUUAAUCUUCCCGCUCCGGUUCCGAGCCGCCAGCAGGACCGACAGGAUGAAGUAUUUCACCAGGCUGAGAGUCAAACGGAUCUACGAGUGGCGCGGAGCUCCAAUCGGCUUCAACAGAAAACUCAAAACUUCUGAAUAUGGCUCCCUCUCCAUCAGGGUGGAGGGUUUCCCUCAGACCACCGUCAUCCGCGCCGGGCAGCACAUCCUGAUUGAGGGCGAUGAUGACGACAACCCGUACGUCGCCAGAGUUCUGCGGCUGUUUGCAGACGAGAGCGGCGCGCAGAAGAAGGCCGUGGUCCAGUGGUUCGUCCGGGUGUCCGAAGUGCCGCCGAGCAAACUGAAGCUGCUGGGCAGAAGCCCUCACCCACAGGAAGUCUUCUUCUACGAAGGUCGCAGCUGUGAGGACGAGGUCAACGCAGAGUCCGUCCUCCGACCCGUUCAGGUGAGGCACCUGGAGGCCGCCGCUCCGUUCCCCGUCUCUGCGGACGGAGACACUUUCUACGUCAAACUGUCCUGGGAUUCCAGAACCUUCCGACCCGUCGACCCGUCUCUCCGCCGCGCCCUCCCCGCCCCAGACCCCGCCGUGAUGCGCGGCGCCACGGCAACGCCAGCGAGCAGCAGGAAGCCCGGCGCCGAGGCCGAGUCGCUGCACUCCCUCACCAAACUGUCGGCCUCCAAAUGCCUCAGCGCCAAGCGGCGCGGCGCCACCCAGAGGACGCCCGGCAUCCGCAAGAGGCUGCAGCUCAGCAGUCCGGACGAGCCGGCGGCGCUCAGAGACGACGUCCUGCAGCAGCUGCUGGAGGCGGAGCUACUGGCGGCGGGGCGGUCUGCCGCCGCGGCGUCCCCCUCCGACCCCCACCGCAUCACCCACAGCCUCACCCCCCGCCGCAGGACCAGCAGGACACCCGGUCGCCGUGACGACGUCCCCCUGACGCCACGCUCCUCCCGCCGCCGGGAGUCCCAGAGCGAGAUGGACAGUCCGUCGGCUGGAGACGACCCCAGCAGCAGAACCAGCAGCAGGAGGAAGGAGGUCCAGACUGGGACGGAACCGGUUCUGGAGGUUCUAGACGAGGAGGAGGAGAACGGCGCCCUGAGGGUCUCCAGGAGGAAGUCGGCUCUGAAGGUGUCGUCUCGGAUCAGGAAGCAGCUGAACCUUCUGGACGGCCAGCUGAGCUCUGAUGAAGACGAGGAAGAGGAGGAGUUUGUUCCCUCCAGGAAGGAGCUGCAGAGCAGCGACGAAGAGGAGGAGGAGGAUGAAGAGUUGGCGGCGAAGAAGAGCCGCCGCUCCUCUUCCUCUCAUACGAAGCAGAAAACCCGAACGCCGAAGAAGACGCCGAGGAAGGCCGGUCCAAUCACGCCGCGGAGGCACCGCCACGUCACGCCCAGCAUCCCGAACCGGGCCCAGCCGGCCCGUCGCCCCGGCAACGUCCUGGAGGAGGCCAGAGCCAGGCUCCACGUGUCGGCCGUGCCGGAGUCGCUGCCCUGCAGGGAGCAGGAGUUCCAGGACAUCUACAGCUUCGUGGAGAGCAAGGUCCUGGACGGAACCGGAGGGUGCAUGUACGUGUCCGGCGUCCCUGGGACGGGGAAGACGGCCACGGUGCAGGAAGUGAUGCGCUGCCUGCAGCUCGCCGCCGAGCAGGACGAGAUCCCGCCGUUCGUCUACGUCCAGAUCAACGGGAUGAAGAUGACCGACCCCCACCAGGCCUACGCCCAGAUCCUGCAGAAGCUGACGGGUCAGAAAGCCACGGCUGACCACGCCGCCGCGCUGCUGGAGAAAAGGUUCAGCAAUCCGGCGCCGAGGAAGGAGACGACCGUGCUGCUGGUGGACGAGCUGGACCUGCUGUGGACCAGGAAGCAGAACGUGAUGUACAACCUGUUCGACUGGCCGACGCGGCGCCACGCCCGCCUGGUGGUGCUGGCCAUCGCCAACACCAUGGACCUGCCGGAGCGGAUCCUCAUCAACCGCGUGGCCAGCAGGCUGGGUCUGACCCGGAUGUCCUUCCAGCCGUACUCCUUCAAGCAGCUGCAGCAGAUCGUCACGUCUCGCCUCAACAAGCUGAAGGCCUUCGAGGACGACGCGCUGCAGCUCGUCUCCAGGAAGGUGGCGGCGCUGUCGGGCGACGCCCGCAGGUGCCUGGACAUCUGCCGGCGGGCGACGGAGAUCUGCGAGCGCUCGGCGGCGGGGCUGGUGGGGAUGAGCCACGUGAUGGAGGCGCUGGACGAGAUGUUCUCCUCGCCGUACGUCGCCGCCAUCAGGAGCACGUCGACGCAGGAGCAGCUGUUCCUACGAGCCGUCAUCGCAGAGUUCAGGAGGCUGGGACUGGAGGAGGCCACUUUCCAACAGGUGCUGGUGCAGCACCAGGCUCUGUGUCGGGUGGAGGGCCUGCAGCCCGUCGGCGUGUCGGAGGGCCUGGCCGUGUGUCGGCGCCUGGGAGCCUGCAGGCUGCUGCUGCUGGAGCCCAGCCGCCUGGGGGUCCUGCAGAGGCUCUGGCUCAACGUGAGCCAGGACGACGUGCUCUUCGCCCUGAAGGCCGACUGACGAAGAGGAGGAGGAGGAAGCUCUGUCUUUAAUCUGUUUCUGUUUUAGCUGAGGUUCAUCCCUGGUUUUAAAUGU